CUUGUGUACACAAGAUAUGAGAGAGAGAGGUAGAGAGAGAAAAAGGGAUUCAAGCUACAGACACCAUGCAGGAUCGGGAUGAGCAGCAUUGGGCAGAGAGUACACAAGAUCACGAGGGAGAAGCUGACAAAGGAAGACAUUGAAUGCAGGGUACAUGAGCUUUAGCAGAAGCCAGAAGUUCAACCAUGAUUGGGGAUACAACAAAGGACUGUUCAAACAGGCUACAUCCUUCUUCUUCACAAAUAUUCCAAAAGAUUGGAGCUACAAUGAGAUGUGGACAACUUUUGGCAAAUAUGGCAGGGUGAUAUCAAUCUAUAGUCCACAAAGGAAAAGUCAAUCUAGAAGGAGGUUCAGUUUUGUCAGGUAUCUAGAGAUUAAAAAUGUGAGGGAUCUGGAAGAAAAACUGGACCAAAUCUGGGUUGAGGGGUGGAAAAUUUGGGUUAACAUCGCCAAAUACCCAGAGGAGAAGAUUGUAACCAAGAAGAUAAGAAUAGACUCAGCCCCGUCUAUUGUAGUCAAAGGGAAAUCUUAUGCUGAUGCUGUUAAAGGCCUGGAGGGAAUUAAAUACAGUAAAACAAGGACUCAAUUAAAGAAGACAAGUCCAGAGAUGGAGCCCAAAAAAAAUAGAAGCAUUCUCAAAAAUAGCAAAACGGAGCAAAGACAGAUAUGGAAAGUGAAAAACAGAGGGGUUGACUGGCGAGGAUUGGAGUAUAAUGUGAAGCAAGAAGAUUAUGAGUGGCUACAAGGUUGCUAUGUUGGUAUUGCUCAUUCAGUUGAGAUGGUACCCAACCUCCAAGAGAAGUUUUAUAUGGAGGGGUAUUUCUCAUGCCGUCUAGGGGUGAUUGGGGGGGAGAUGGUCCUCAUGGAUUGUGAGGACAAAGAAGAAUUAAAGGAUUUAGUGCAGGGAGCUGCAGAUUGGCUAGGACAAUGGUUCUUUGAAGUUAAGCCUUGGUCACCUCUUAUGGUGGCAAAGGAACGAUUCGUUUGGAUUAGAAGUCAAGGAUCCCCUCUGCAAGCUUGGGGUCCUAUUUUCUUUGAGUCAAUGGCAACUUCGUGGGGCAAAUUCAUAUGUUUGGAUAAUAGUACAAGUCAAAAAAGGAGAUUCGAUAUAGCGAGAUUCCUCAUAUCCACCCCGAUAAUGGAGUUUAUCUUAGUUAAACGGCAGAUUAAAGUGAAUGGCGAGGGGUACUUUCUCAAGUUCACUGAAGAAGAAAUGACUAACAACUUGUUUUCUUUGAGAUAUGAUUUCAAACCCAGCUUCAAAAGUGAAUCAGAUCAUGAAGAAUACUGGUCGGACGCUAGUGAUUAUGAUGAUGAAUGGCAAGAUGAGGAAUAUGGAACCAACAGGGAGAGGGCCGGGGAAGAAGAAGAAGCCAUUGGUGACACAGUGGGGCACAAUACAAAUGACAGAAGGCAUGCCACCAGUUCAACACACGAGGUGGAAUUUGAAUUACAAGAAAGAAGUGUUGAAGCGGGACAAUUUGAAAAAGUUGAUAGAAGCUACCAAUGCCAACUGAGAGAAGAGGAAAAUGCAGAAGAAGUAGCUGACAGCAUUGACAAUGGAACAAUGAAUGAUGUUGAGGACAGAGUAGACAUGAUAGGAAGGGAAAUGGGUGCUAGAACCGAGAACCAAACUAGCUCAAACGCCAUUCAUGUAGCGGGUGAUGAGGUAUGGGCCGAGCAAGGUGUAACCACAAAAACCAAUAUGGGCCAUAAACAAAAUGAUGUAGAGGGUAUGAAACAGAAGCAAUGGGCCUGCAACCAAAUGGGGACAAGAGAACAGAGAACUCACAGCAGCUUGUUGAGAGCAGAGAAAGGGAGCGAAGACAGCAGCGAGAUGGAGGGGAGGUGCAAAACACAGAGGGAGAUCCAAGGUGAGCAAAGCAGAAAGAGGGGGAUUUCCAGAAUGCUUGCAAACAGUUGUGACUUAGCGGCGGGAAGCUCCGUUGGGGAUAGUGGAAUCGAGAAUUGCAAUCGAAUUUUGAAGGAGGAACAAAGCAGAAAAACAACAGUAGAUUUAUGGAAUUUUGCAAAAGAAAUCGCCCAAAUGGAUUUCAAAGGAGAAGCGGAACAACUCUUAGAGGAGGAAAUCAAAAGAAGAAGGGAAGCCUUCAUAGUCCUACGGGAUAACAUUAGCUCAAAAGCACUAGGCCCAGACAGAUUUAACUUCAAGUUUGUAAAAGACCGGUGGGAGGUUAUCAAGGAAGAUGUGGUUGAAUUCCUCCAAGAAUUCCAAGAAAACAGCAAGUUGGUGAAGGGGAUAAAUAACUCAUUCAUUGUCCUCGUGCCAAAGGUUGAUAAUCCCCAAAAGAUUGAGGAGUAUAGACCCAUAUCCCUCAUUGGAGUUAUAGUAUAUGAUGCAGAGGAUGGGCUUUUGUGUGAAGUGGAGGAAUUGGAUACGAGAGUGUUAAAGAACAAGUCUGGUUUCAGUCCUGCGGGGUUAAAUGGCCUGGUAUCGACAGCAGUCCUAAAAGAUCUAUUACAAGGAGAAGAGGUGGGCUUAGGAGGCUUCAAAGUCUCACAUUUGCACCAUUUAAUUGGCACUUGUGUGGAGGAAGAAUGGAUUGAAAAAAUGUCAUGGGUGAUAAGCUGCAAAAAGGGCUUAUUCCCUUUUAAAUACUUAGGCAUCCCUAUUGGGGAAAGCUGCAAGAAGAUUGCAUUCUGGAAACCGUUGGUAGAUGUUUUCAAAAGUAAAUUAUCCAAAUGGAGGGGUUGGCAUUUAUCUCUCGGAGGUCGGAUUACUCUUAUUAACUCAGUGCUCUUUGGUCUCCCGGUCUUCUGGAUGUCGGUAUACUUGAUACCCAAAGGUGAAGGGGUUAGCAUUAGUUUCUGGUGGGAUAACUGGAGAGGGAAAGGGUAUAUCGCUAACAAAUAUCCAAGACUUUACUCUUUAUCUACAGGGAAGGAUAACAAAAUUCCUCAAAUGGGAGAAUGGGUCAAUGGCGACUGGAAAUGGAAUCUUCAAUGGAGACGAAACCUCUUCAGCUGGGAAACUCAACAAGUAGAAGAAUUACAAAAGGACAUCCAAGAUACAAGUUUAAUAAAAGGUAAACCAGACUUAUGGGAAUGGGCUCACAGCAAAGAUGGGGGCUACUUGACAGGCUCAGCAUAUCAAACACUCACAAUGGAGGGUAGAUCGGAUCAGCAUGGAAUGGAACUCCAAAAUGUAUGGAACAAGCUGAUACCUAACAAAAUCUCGGCUUUCUCAUGGCAACUACUGCAGGACAAAAUCCCCACAAAGCUUAAUCUGCACAAAAGAGGUAUUAUUCAAGCUCUUGAAGAAUGCAAAUGUGUUAUGUGCGGUAAGGAAACAGAGGACUAUAGCCACCUCCUUAUUCACUAUAAAUUUGCUUGGCAUCUUUGGAAUGAAUGUUUCAAUUGGUGGGGAAUUAUAUCCGUGCUUGAUAAAGAUCGCUUAAAAGUGUUUGAGCAGCACUCAAAUCUAUUAAAAAGGGUGAAAUUGAAGGAGGGAUGGGAAUGCAUUUGGUUUGGUAUUGUCUGGACAAUAUGGCUUGCUAGAAAUGAGAAGAUCUUUAGAGGGAAGGAAGCAGACAAAAGGAGGCUCCUAGAGCUGGUGCAACUUAGGACAUUUAGUUGGCUUAAUUGUAGAAGGGGAGGCUGUGUUUUCUCCCUGACAGAUUGGCUCCAUAACCCAGCUGAUUGUCUGACCAACAACUGCAGCAAUAGAAGGAAACUUAACGGGAUAGCAAGUACCAAGUAAAGUUCCACAUACAGCUAAAGGCACUCCCAUCCCCCCCUCCCCCCCCCCACCAAAUUGCUAGGUAGAACUAUGGGAGUAAACAGGGGCGCCUAAA